CCGCCAUGUUCCGGAGCCUGCUGGUGGCGGCGGCGCAGCGACCGCAGGGCCCGGCCGGGCCCCCCCGCGCCGCCCCCGGGCCCGGGGCCGCGGCCGAGGCGCUGGAGGCGCAGUUCAGCUGCCCCAUCUGCCUCGAGGUUUUCCACCGCGCCGUCGGCAUCGCGGGCUGCGGGCACACGUUUUGUGGGGAAUGCCUGCAGCCCUGCCUGCAGGUGCCCUCCCCGCUGUGCCCGCUCUGCCGCGUGCCCUUCGAUCCCAAAAAGGUGGAGAAGGCUUCCAGCGUGGAGAAGCAGCUCUCAUCCUACAAGGCUCCCUGCAGGGGCUGCAGCAAGAAGGUGACCCUGGCCAAAAUGCGCUCUCACGUCUCGUCCUGUGCCAAGGUGCAGGAGCAGAUGGCCAACUGCCCCAAGUUUGUUCCAGUUGUCCCCACAUCCCAGCCUAUUCCCAGCAACAUUCCCAACCGCUCCACGUUUGUAUGUCCGUACUGUGGGGCCCGGAACCUGGACCAGCAGGAGCUGGUGAAGCACUGCAUGGAAAACCACAGGAAUGACCCCAACAAAGUGGUGUGCCCAGUGUGCUCUGCCAUGCCCUGGGGGGACCCCAGCUACAAAAGUGCCAACUUCCUGCAGCACCUGCUCCACAGGCACAAGUUUUCCUACGACACCUUCGUGGAUUACAACAUCGACGAGGAGGCGGCGUUGCAGGCAGCCCUGGCUCUGUCCCUCUCUGAGAACUGAGGCUGAUCCCUCUCCCUGCCCCACUCUGGGAUCCCUCCCACUGCUGCUCUGUUCCCGCUGCAAAUCCCACCUCGUUGGAGAAGGUGGAGCCUCUUCAGUUGUCACAGUGAGUGAGCAGAGACCUCUGGAGAGAGAGCUGGCGCCGCAGGGCUGGGAUCAAUCCUUGGAUAGGCGUUUAAUAUCCGUGUUGAGAGCAUAUCCCUGUGUCCAGAUCUAUGUGUUAUUAGCUGCUUUUGGCACACUCAUCCCUGCUCUCUGUUCCAACAGAAUAGGUACCUGAAACUGAUAGAUUGGAUGCCAAAAACACCCUAAUUUGGGACUGGAAUCAGCCACAUCCUUUUAAAAAGGAGGAAGGUGGCACGGAGCAUCUUUUUUUAAACAAGGAUUUUUUUUCUAGAGAUGUCAGGCUGUCCUGACCCCCAUGCUGGAGGCUGGAGCUGCCUCCAUCACCUGAAUCCCAGGAUGAGACUGAACAGUGGUUCAGAGGAGCCCUCGAGGAUGGCAUCCAGCAUCCAGGGAAACCCUCCCCUUCCUCGUUUUGUACCGGCUCUUGGGAUACCAAAUCCUUGCCUUUUUCUACACGAAGCGGCGCGAGGCCUUUUCCACGUUUUCUAGAGCGGGGUCAGAAGCUGUUCCCCUUCACACUGCAAUAUCUGCCACCAUGGACAGGAGUAUUUUUAUGGAACAUUGUUAAGAAAGUUUUAUUUUUUACACAAAUAACCCAAGCAAACUUACACGUGGAUUGGGAGUAGGGCAGGAGGCAGGAGCUGGAUCCCGGAGCGGCGCGUCGGACUCUGAGGUGAGAGGAAGUGCUGGGAUCUUUCUGGGACAUCCCUGGAUAUUUCUGGGCCUUUCCUGGAUAUUUCUGGACCUUUCCCUUCCCUCACCAGAAUUCCUCUGCCUGUGAGGGAGCAGGCAGGAUGGUUGUGCCACGCUGGCACUGGGCAGGAGCAGCUGGGUUGGAUCUGUCCAUGGAAUGAGUGUCCAUGCAGAAUCCCAGCCCCAGCACCGAGCUCCUUAUCUCCCCAGAAAUAAGGGAUUGCUUCUCCCUGGCCUAAUCCCUCCCUGGGAAUGGGGCACUGUUGAUCCAAGGUGCUCCACAGCAUCUGAUGACCCAUUCCCCCUGCCUGUUCCCCUCAGCCCUGCCUGCUGCUGCUGGAGUUGGCUCUGGAGCACUGGGAGAGGCUGGGAGGGAGAUGGGAGAUGAGGCCAAGGCGAUUCCUGAGAGCCUUCCUGCAGGAUGUGCAGGGAAAGAGGGGUGGGAGAGGCUCCCUCUGCAUCUCCCUGCUUGGGUAAUUUCCCAGCUUUAUCCAAAACCUGGCUCCAGCUGUGCUCUAGCAAUACUGGCUUGGGUUUUAUUUUGAUUUUCGUAGUACUGGAUGAUUUUGGGAUCUGCAGCCCUGCGAGGAGCAUGCAGGGAGCCCUCAGCUCCCCAGGCAGGGCAGGGAAAGGGCUGGAGCUGCUCUGCUCCCCUUUCUGGGGCCAGGCCAGUGAGGAGGGAUGGGAUCUUCUCAUACCUGCCCAGCAUUGCUGGCACCUGGAGGGUGUUCCUGGUGGGAUGGAGAGCCCCUGGCAUCUUCCAGGAGGGACCCAGGAGCGUUUCCCUGUGCUGUGCUCAGCUGGGACCCUCAGCUCCUGGAGCAGCCUCUGAGAGCUCCCUGCUGUGAGGCCAGCACUGUUAACCUCGGGCUCCUUCCCUCUCCUCCUUCUCCUUCUUUUUGCCCCACAGAGACAGAGCAGGGGCAGCAAGAGCUGCUUUUGUAAAGCACUUUAAGGCCCUGGGUGUGAGGGGCCAUGCCAGGCCGUGCCAGGGAUUUCUCCGUGAUCCCGCCGGCCAUGCCUGCCAGUGCGUCACCCACCACUUUUUUGCAUAAUUAGAACUUUUAACGAGCCGUCCUGUUUUUUGAAGAAGAAUUAAUUCAAUGACGUAUUUGUAGCAAACCAUUUUUCUCAAUAAAGGCAGUUUCAUCCA